UUGUCCUAGUCGGUUCCUACGGCAAUGGACCACAGGCCAUCGUGGAGACGGACAUUUUCUUUAUCUCUACAACUAAAAAGACUCACAAGUCAUCGUCAGCCCCACGCGCUAAUCGCCCCCCCUCGCGCUAAUGCUCGCGCUAAUCGCCCCCCCUCCCGCGACCCAUCGCCCUCCCCCCACACGCAACCGUCGUGGCCUCCAGCUAAACUCCCACGCCGCAUCCCCUCUCCCACGCCGCAUCCCCUCUCGCUGUCCUCCAUCUCCCUCCUGCGGCCGGCCACCGACGUCGCGCCUCCCGCCGUGGGAGCCCUAGGCCAGCUGCCGCCUAUGGAUGACAACGACCUGGCCACACCUACCCAUGGUACCUCCACUGGAUCUACGACCGAGAUGCCGUCUGGAAGUCGUCAUCGAGCAGCGAAGAGGUGGAGGCGGCGCCCGUGGUCUUCCACCUCGACCACGGCGGGGAGACGCCUUCCACGAUCAACAGCGAGAGGCAAGGUCCCAGUCGGCUCCCUUGCCCCAGCCCCGGCGGUUCCUAGGUCAAUCGCCUCAUCUUUGGAGAUCGGUGUCCCAGACUGUCGUGGCCCCAACACCUCCCAGGCCAUCAAUGCCUACCGCCGGACACCGGGAGGCAGAGUGCGAAGAGGCCCUCAAUGAUGCCAUGCUAAAAGUCAAGCCGACUGCAGCUGCUUUAUUAGGUGUGGUUUAUGAUUUCAUCCUAUUAUGGAUGAUAGACUUUUUUUUCUUUAAUUUUCUUACUUAGCGAAUGAUUUCAUGUUAAUCGGAUAAGCAUGAGAAACACUAUUAUAAGAUGAUCAAUGCAUAUUUAAGAUCAUGCAAAUUUGUUUAAUCAUGUUCCUGUGUGAACGAGGUGCUAUUGGAACCUGCUCAUAUGACUGCGUCCUCCCAUGCCUUGCAUCGUUUCUGGCUUGCAUCUCCCAAGGUCGGAUACUCAUGGAUACUUAGAUAGCUCAUAUCACUGCCGCCAA